GCUGAGGCCGGACUUCCUUUCCACGUGAUUCCUAGUGUCCUCUAGGACUUAGCCAGCAGGCAAAGCGCCUGUCUCUGCAGAUCAAGAUGGCGACGCGGGUGCCUGCUGCAGCAUCAGGCCGAUGGCUCCAGAGUCUUCGGAAGUGGUAUUACAGUGCUGCAGGAUUCAACAAACUUGGGUUAAUGCGUGAUGACAUACUUUAUGAAGAUGAAGAUGUUAAAGAGGCCAUAAGGAGGCUUCCAGAGAAUAUGUAUAAUGAUCGAAUGUUUCGUAUCAAGAGAGCUCUGGAUCUGACCAUAAGGCAUCAGAUACUGCCUAAAAACCAGUGGACAAAAUAUGAAGAGGACAAAUUAUACCUUCAACCGUAUCUGAAGGAGGUUAUACGUGAAAGAAAAGAGAGAGAAGAAUGGAAUAAGAAGUAAUCACGUCAAAAGAAUCUAUCAAGACGUUAAUUUUCAAAACAUUUUUAAUAAGUAUGUUUGUGCAAAAGAUGAGGUUAGCUAACCAUUUGUAACUGCUGCACAUUUAUUUAAUUUAAAUAAAUAACUGUUAUAGGAACUUGUGAACUAGAAAACUUUGCAUCAAAAUAUCUUGAAACUUGCUACAUUCAUCUUAAAUCGUGUUAUAUAAUUUCUAGUGUCUUUAAGGUUGUCCUCAUAACUUAACUGUUUCCUCUAGCUUGAGGGAUAAGAUAAUUUUAAAUGAGUGGUUGUUAAAUUUCACUGCUACUCUAGCCAAUAAUCAACAAAAUGCUGUUGCUACUUUAUAAUUAGCUUUGUAAAUAUGCAAUUAAGAUGACUGUGGGGGAAAAUUCUAGCAAGAUAGUAUUGUGGAUAGAUAGCUAGAAUUGGAGUCAGGAGGGCAGAGUCAGGGGACUAAGUCAGUGCUAGAGUCCAUGUCUUCUGUCUUGGCUUAGUGUUUUGUCCACCAUAACUCUGCCUAUGGUGCAUUUCAAAAUUUUUCUCUCUGCUUUACAUGGUUCAUUCAAUUCUAUACAACAUAAAUUCUAAUUGAAAAAAUACAGAGAAAUAACCCAGUAACCAAAAUAAUUUGUAAUUUAUCAGCAUUUAUUGAACACUACUAAGCGAAAGACAUUGUCAUGUGGUUAGGAUACAAAGAGAUACGAUACUGUCCUUUUCCUCGAGUUUAUGAUGGAGGUGGGGAGGGGGGAGAGAUGGGUCAUAUAUUAAAUAAUACAAUUGUUAUUAUGAUACCAUAAUUAGCCUGUGAUAAGUGCUAUGUAAAGGGAGUACAUCUACAGGCUAUUAUAGGAGAUGAGGGUAAGGAGAGAACAUUGUGGAUUAAGAAGGACAGGAAAUGGUUUUAUGGGGGUGGGAUUUGAAUUGGACUUUUAGCUGUCACUGACCUGAGUAUUCUAACCUGUAAAUGAGAGGAUUGGACCAAAAGAGUUGUUUCUUUGCCAUCUCUAAUAUUAUGACUUUUAUUGAUUAGACACUAAAUUUUAAACCUUAUUUUUAUUUUUCAGUCCUAAGCUUUAACUUUAAAAAUAGACCCAUAUAUAAAUUGGGGUUUUUGUUUUAAGGGAUUAUAUCCAGGGACAUUUUUUUCUUAAGAAAUUGAAGCUUAUGAGCCUUUAUAAAUUA